AUGACUACUUCUUAUAUCGACAAUGAGACCCCAAGAGAGUGCAGCAAAGACAAUUGCGGCUCCUCGGGAAUCCCAACCCCUCAAAUCUCACCUCAAAUACGACCAAACGUUCAAAUCGAUUCUGGGAAUGAGCCGCUGCAAGCCCAAAGUUCGGGGGCACCGGAUUCCAAUGUCAAUACCGUAGGGUAUGAGGGAUUUCAAUUUUUCAAAGCAGACCCCAUGCCUGGACAGAAGGCAACAUGGAGCCGGGUGGAGCGCACUCACAUGCACCUUAGCCAGAGUGAAUUCUAUAAGAUGGUUCACAAGCGUGCGAAUAAGGUCUCAGCCGCGCAGCAGUAUCAAAACCUGUCGGAUACUCGACGUGCUCAUGUGAAUCAAUUGAUCCACGAGCAACGUCGAAACGACCCGUCCAAUGAGUGGAGCUGUGUCUAUGCUAAAGAGUGUGACAGAGCAUCUAAGCCACGCAACGCUCAUCGCGACGACUACGAGACUGUCUCCAUGGAUGUCAUUCUCAUGAAAAGACCCUUGAAGACCAAAGUCUAUCCGAGAACACCCAUGGGAGAUUUGGUUGAUCUUGGGGUAACUUUUACUAGACAGGAUUCUAACAGACCAUCUGCAAUUCUGAUGCCUCCUGGCUACCAGACAGCACCGCCGUUUGUGCCAGGUCAAAUCAUUGGCCCAGGCUAUGUGGUUCAAGGACCACUGCAGCGGCCGGUGUCCGUUACUUCACCCUUUACUAGACUUGAUUUGGGACGCCCUGCUACAGAAGAUAAAUAUAGGGCUACACAUGGACAUACUGUACCCGAAAAGGAAAAACGAAAUAUCGACAAUCAGUCAAUCUGGUCCUCCGAGGAAGUGACCAGUGACGAUGACGACGAGUCUAUGAUAUUUGAUGAAUCUCAAUCCGAUGUUAGCUCCGACACGGAGCACCCCGAUGGCAUGGAUUGUGAGUUCCAAGAGUCACCAUCAAACCAAGAUCAGGCUACUCCUCGGCAGCGCUCUUGUAGCCCUGGUCAUCGCGAGGCCCCAGUUGGCUUUGGGCCCCAACAUCGUCGCCGAUCAAUCAGCCGUAACAGGGAACGGAAAUUGGAUAGAUAUCAUCCUUUGCGCUAUUAUAAUUUAGACAUGAUGGCAGCAAAGAACAGCCUACCCAUUAAGAGGGCCAGGGGCUCCUCGGGAUUGGGAACGGACGCUAAUAAAAUAUGGGAAAAGAAAUAUCGAAUCCAAAGGAUCGAUGAUGAAGAACUACGAAGUCGUCUGCUUGAUUGUGAAGCUCGAAUUGAGCAGUGGGAGAGGGCUUUUGAGAACCAGACUCGAGUACUGCAGAAAACUAUGAAGGAUUCUCGUCAGUUACAGCGCCGGAGAUCUUUCUGGGAUUUCUCCUCGAUGCGCCACUGCGGGUGUGAUUGCCCAAAUACUGGUGGGGUCGGGAAUAAUCAAUAA